UCUGACAAAAACAGCUCUUCUCUGGCUGGUUAUCACUUCUUUGGAAGCAAACUCAACUCAAGCGGAACAAGACCCAACCGCCGUCGAUUAUGGAAGCAUUCAAAUUGCCAGUGUGCCUCCGAGUGGCCCAUCAUUAAGCUUCUGCAGCAUCCCCCGAGCAGGUCGUCGUCGUUAAUAGAGUUUUGGAGUUUCCAGUGUUUCUCCCGUAAUUAAAAUGGAAAUUAUUUCGAGAGCCCUUGUUCUGCUAGCGCUGUUUGCAGUACUUCUAGUCGUUCAAACUGAUUCUGCCCCGGCCCGGCCAGCUGAAGAUGACUCGGUGCAGUACAGCCGCCAGGAGCUAGUUCAACUCUUCCAGGAGGACGCCAAGUGGGCCUCGUCCUCGAGCAAUAGCCGGGGCCGCAGUUCGGAGGAGUUGAAGCAAAAUCUGCGCACCGUCAUGAAGGCGCUCAACAUCCAACCGGUACCGCGUACCACCGUCAACCCGCUGUUGUACGUCCCGAUGCCUCACCAGCCGAUCUACGACGUUGACGGUAAUCGGUUGAACUGAGUUUGAAGUAAAAAAUGUGAAAAUUGUGAAAUAAAGUUAAUCGUUUUGAAAUAACAAUUUUCUUAAGUUCAGAGACCAAGAACAUCUCAA